AUGCCUCCACCAAAGAAAAACCCCAAAAAAUAUGUACAGCAAACGCUGACCAAUAUACUUGCUGCUUCAAAACGAGAUUCUGAAGACCAUAAGUAUCCAAAUAAGAAGCGUAAAAGUUUAGAUAAAAGUAACAUACCUAAUGAGGUCAUAUCUGGUAAAGAACCAAAAAAGCCAAAGCUUCGUGUAAAACAGCAAGAAACAGUGAAUGAUUCUUAUGAAGAUAUGUCUGAGGAUGAACUAGAUACACAAGAAAGAGCUGAACCCGAAUCUGACGAGGAAUUCGAAAACGAAGCUCGAAAUAUUUUGAUAUCUAAAGAAAUAGAAACCUCCGAAAAAAACGACAAAGUUGUAAAGCAAGCUAAAUUAACUUUCCAUAAUGAGGGUCUUUCACCUGCAGAAAAAAUUCUUAACGAAUUUGAUUUAAAUUAUAAAUAUGGACCAUGUGUUGGACUGAAACGAUUAGAUCGUUGGAAAAGAGCUAAGAAAUUUGGGUUGAAUCCACCAUUGGAGGUUAAGGAAUUAUUGAUGACAACUGCUGGACUUGAAGAAAGCAUAUUUAAUGGAAGA